UCUGAAAAUUAAUAAAUUUAAUCUAACUUUUUUUGCAUAGAAAAAUCCAAUGUUUGAUCAUAUUGCUAUCGCUGAAAAUGGAAUUGAUCCACUGAUAACUAUUUAUCAUUGGCCAAGCAUGAAAAUUGUAAUGUGCCUUCAUGGUGGUACAAAAGAACAAUAUUUUCAUUUACAUUAUAGUAUGGAUGGCUUAUUACUAGCUUCUCAAGGAGGAAAACCAGAUUAUUUUAUAACAAUUUGGAACUGGCAAGAAUCUAAGAUUUUAUUACAAUCUAAAUCGCACUCUCAGAAUGUUUAUAAUGUAAUUUUUUCUACAUACAUACCUGGGAAUUUAAUUUCAUGUGGUUUGGGACAUAUUAAAUUUUGGAAAAUGGCAAAAACUUUUACCGGUCUUAAACUUGAAGGUCAACUCGGAAAGUUUGGAAGAACUGAAAUUUCAGAUAUUAUCGGUGCUUAUCAAAUGCCUGAUAAAAAGGUAGUAUCAGGUUGCGAAUGGGGUAAUAUUUUGCUAUGGGAUGAAAAUUUGAUUAAAUUGGAAAUUUCUAGAAAAAAUAAAGAAUUUUGUCAUACAAAACCUAUUGUACAAUUAGAAUAUAUCAAUGCAGAGCUCUUCACUGUUGGAAUGGAUGGUUUCAUACGUGUUUGGUUUUAUGAUACUAUAGAUUUGGCAAAUCCAACAGAAGAAGAUCCAUUUCUUGAAAUGCUACCAAUUUAUGAAUUUUGUAUCACUGAGGAUGAAAACAAAAAUUCACAAAAAAAUGCAAUGCUAAUGGGCAUACAAAGACAAGAGCCAGAUAAUCCUGAGAAUACUUUUUGGUAUGCUCAGGAUGGCAAUGGUGGUUUAUGGCUAAUAGACUUGAAUACUUUUAAAGAACCAGAAUUAUCACAAAAAAUAUUUACUUGUCAUGCAGGAGCUAUAAGCGAUAUGGAUGUUGCAGACUGGGGACCGUUCGUUGCAACUAUUGAUAUAGCUGGUCGUUUACAUAUUUAUAAUUACACAGAAAAGAAAUUAAUUCUUACUUAUCAUUUUCGUGAUUCUGGUAAACAAGUCAUAUGGAUUCCAAGUAAAGUUGAUGCGACUGGAUCUGCACUUGUAUGCGCUUUUGAUACUGGUAUUAUUCGUAUGGUUAUCGUUGCAGUAUUAACUGCUAAUGAACAGAAUAAUAUAAAAGAAAAUUUCACUAAAUUAGUUCAAGUUUUGAAACCACAUUCGCAAUCAAUUAACGUAAUGUCAGUGAAUCCAUCGUGCAGUUUAUUAGUAACAGGUAGUGAUGAUUCUACUAUAUUUGUAUUUAAUAUUUCUACUACUGUUACUUAUCCUACUCUUCAGCCAAUUGGUUACAUUAAUAUGCCUUCGGAGAUAACUUGUAUGACAUGGAGACCCAAACAUGAAUCAAUGUUAUUGAUUGGAUGUAUGAGAGGAGAUUGGGCAGAAGUUCAAUUACCACAAUCACCGCAAUCAUAUAUUAAAAUUAGUUAUGAGCUUACACAUUGUAAACCAGCUGUAUUUAAAUUUCAUUCGGUAAAAUCAGCUAUAAGAAGAAAUAUAAUUAAGAAUGAAAUUGAAAAGAAAAAGAUGAUCAAAGUAGCAAAGAAACGUGAGGAAAUGGAGAAAAUAAAAGAAGCAAAUCCUGGCAUCGAAAUCGAUGAAGAAGCUUUCCUUAUGGACUCCGAAGAGGAAGCACCUCUCCCAGAAAUUUAUAUCCCAGAAAUACCGAACAAAAUUUUAAUGAUUCAAUAUACCAAUCAAGAAACAGUUUGGUUAUCAAUGGCUGGUUUUGAUGCAGGAUAUAUGUAUGAGUAUCCAGUACCAAAAAAAGACAUAAUUAUAGGAGCAGAACCAAUAAAAUCAACUGUGAUCUAUGAUGCGGAUGAUACAGAAAUACGAAGUUGCCUUUCAUAUAAACAAGACAAAUAUUUGUUUUUGGGUAUGGAACGUGGUGAAAUAAGAGUUUGUAAAAUUAAUCCACAAGAUCAUAGCGAUCUUUCAGAUUAUUGGAUUUUACCUAUGCAUGACAAUUACAAUGGAUACAUACCAAAAAUGUUACUCAGUUAUGAUCAUAAAAUGUUUCUUACAUGUGGGUAUGAUGGAAAUCUUUUUUCUUAUAAAAUCAAUGAUAAUACUGCUGAUGAAAUAAUAGAAAUACCAAAACCAAACAUACCUGUGCGAUUGUUGGAUGAUAUAAACAGUGUGGAAGAUAUUGAAGAACCUGAUUAUCCUACUCUCGAAAAUGUUAUUGUAAAAACUGAACAUGACAGAGUCUCAGCGCUAGCAAGAGAGAAAAAAGAACAAACUCUUCAGAUAUUACAUGAAUUAACUGAAGAAUAUUCCAAAAUAAUGGAUAGGAAUCGUAGUCUAUUAAAAUCACAGCAAAUUCCACGCGAAGAUUUGGAAUUAGAUCCACGAAUCACUACUGAUUUAAAUGAGCAAUUGGAAUUGGAAAUGGAUUUGGUACACAGAAAAGAAGCAUUUCAGAUUGAAAAGAGUAAACUUGCUUUAAAAAAGCUAAUGGAUCAUUUUAUUGAACCUAUUACUUGUGUACCUUUUGCUGUUUCUAAAAUACUAAAACCGGACACAAUGGUACACUCGAUACGAGAACAUAAAUUGGAUAGUAACUUUGAUAAUAUUUAUACAGAAGUUGUCAAUUGCAUUACAAGAAGUAAAAAACCAACAAAAAAAGUGAAAGAAAAAUUGGCCACAGAAGAAAUUGAAGAACAAGAAGAACAAAGAGUAAGAGAUGCAGAAAGCUUCCUCAAAAGUCUUAAUCUUUCUGGUAUAGAGCAUAAGCUAAGCACACAAAUAAUUCAUAUGUUAGAAAAAUAUAAAACACGGAAAGCAAAAUUGGAAGAACGUCAAAGAGAAUGGAAUUUAAUGUCAACAAAAAAAUUUGAUCCUAAUAUAAAUCAUGCAGAUGAUAUAGCAGCUAUUGAAUUGGCAAAAAAAACAAUCGGUGUAUACAAUCUGAAAGAUUCACCACAAUUAAAUGUACAAAAUCAGAUAGAAAAUUUAACGAUGAUAAAAUACAAGCAAUAUUUAGAUUGCAAAAAAAGGCUUCAUCAUCUACGUGAUAAUUUCAAUACAAGAUUAAAGGAAGUUCGAGAAAAUAAGCAGGUUUUGUGUUCAAAAGUUGUGAAAUUGAAUAAAACGUUAAACAAAAUUCAUGCGGAGAUACCCAAAAAAAAUAUUAAAACUUUACCCAAUUUACCUAUAAUUGACAAUGAUAUUGAAUUUCCUGAAGAAAAUUUAAAAUUUGAAAAAUAUAUAUCAAUGGCGGAACAAGCAAAGGAAGCUAAACAUUACAGAGAAUCAAUAUUUUUAUAUGAAAUUCCUGAUUUAAUGGAUGAUACAACGGAUGAAGAAUAUGAAGUUUUAUUGUUAAAAAAUGAAAAUAUUCAUGCAAGUGAAGAAUUUAGCUUAUCAAGUAUUAUAGAUAUACCUGAAAGGAAAAUUAAAGUCAAAUCACUUAUUCAUCCAAAGUUAUCUCAAGGAUUAGAUUCUGCUGAUUACGUCGAAACAGCAUGGGAACGUGAAAUGAAACAAUCUCGUAUGUUGCGUAAAAUUUAUGAUCAAGAUUGUAUUUUACAAUAUAUUGAAACUUCUUACAAAGAAUUUGAUAAACAAUUGGACAAACUAGAAAAGGAAAGACUUGACAUUAUUACGGAAAGUGUAUACGUAGAAUUACACUUGCUAACGCUUCAUCAGGAAUUUAUCAUAUUGAAAGAUUACGAAACGAAAGAAACUUUAUUAAAAAAGAAUGUCAAUGAAAAAUUAGAAGAACAAGCUGCUAUAAAACUAAAGAUAAAUACAACUAGUAAUAAAAUAGAACGUAAAAAGAAAAGUAUUAACAGAUCACAGGAAUCAAUAAAAGACAUUUCUUACGAAUAUAUGACGAGUAUUAAAGAUAAUAAGUUUCAAGACUUUUUACGUAAAAUAUUUAAAAAGAAAUUCAAAUUGCCAAAAGAGCAUAACGACUCUGAAACAUCGAGUACUACAACGACUGAAACAAGUUCAGAAGAAGAUGAAGAAGGAAGCGUAGACAGUAAAGAUAUUGGAUUCAUUUAUUUUGAUGAGAAUAUAUGCCCUAUAGGCUGUGACAAAGCGUUAUAUGAUAUGGCAUUUGUUAUGAGAGAAAAACGUUAUGAAUAUGAGCAUGAAAUUAGAGAGGAAUACAAGGCGAUAGAAAAAUUACAAAAGGAAGUGGAAAUGGAUACCAAAAAAUUAAAAAUCAUUGAUGAUUUACUUAAAACGAAUGUCGAAGAAUUGGAAAAAUUUAUGUUGGAGAAACAAAAGAAAUUGAACGACAUAGAUGUAACGAUAGUUCUUAAAUUUCAUCAAUUGCAACAUUUUAUUAAUUCUUAUAGCGUGUCGAGCAUACGAGAAUCUAUUAUAUUUGAUAAAACAAAAUUAUCUCAAUUACACGAUAGAGUGGGAGAAUUACAGCAAGAAACAUACGACUUAUACGCUAAACAAAAGGCCAAUAAAGUUCAUCUUUAUAGAAUGAAAAUUGAUUGUAAACAUAUGAGAAAUGAAAUUAAAAAUUUAAAGAAUGAAAUAAAAGAAGAAAUGAAAAAGAAAUUUGGCAAAACAAUAUCAUUAACGACUAUGUAUGAAACAGUAUUACAAAGAAUGAUCUAUAAUAUUAAAAGUGAUUUAACAGAAAUGAUGAAAUCAUAUGAAGAACAACUUAAAUGUAUUCAAGAAAAAUAUAAUUCACAGCAAAUGGUGCUAGGAAAACUUAUCCAAGAUAAUACAGAAAAAUUAAGUUUUUUAACUGUCCUAGAGGAAGAACAAUUAACUCUUAGGAAGGUUUUGAAACAAGUUCCUAUAUCCGAGGAAGAAAUGUUAAAAGUAGAAUUGCAGUACAAAGCAGACAUAGUCAAAUUCGAGAACAUUAUUGCUCAUCAAAAAAAACAAAAAGAAAUAUUUCUUACCGAUAUAAAAAAUCUUAGUAUGAAGACUGGAGUGCUACCUUCUAUUUGUAAUAAAUCUGAUAACAAAAAAUCUUUGAACGAAUAUGAACGUGAUAGUGAAAUAAAUAAAUUUGUAACUAAUGCAGAAAACUCAAGUUAUCGCGAAAUAAUCAUGCCAUUCUUAAACAUUAGAGAAAACAAUUUGGCUGCAUUGGUUCACUAUCUAAUCUCACGAGUCAUAGAAUCGUUGUUGGGAACAGAACAAGCGAAGGAAUUAAAACAAGAAAAAUUUGAAGAAAUUCUAUCAACUUUCACAAAUAUCAGUAAUAUUGAGGAAGUUCAAGAUAGAAUUAAAUUGAUAAUCGAAUAUGUUGAAAACAUUCUACCAGCUAAUGAAAUAGAAACAAUAGAGAUCGUGCAUGAGGCGAUUAAAGAAAGUUUAAAUGAUAUUAUACAAAGGUUUACUAUUGACAUUAACAAUUAAGACAUUAGAAAAUAGAAUCAAUCAAGAUCAGUUUCAAAUAUUAUAUUCUAUUUACAGAAAAAUAACUUUUGAUGUAAAUAUGAAAGACAAUUUAUAGAAAGUGAUUACAUAAAAUAAAAUAAACAUUCAAGAGUAAUCUAAUUUUAACGAAU